AUGGCCGCACGUUUACCUUCAUACCCUCCUCCCCACCCCAACAUCACCAUAGAAUCACAGCCCCAAACACCCCCAAUAGAACUACCUCCCGCUUACGCCGUCGUGGACGAAAAGGCCACCAACUAUACGAUCUACGGCACCUUUAUCCACACACCCUCGGGCCCCGCGUACCAACUCUCCUCCCUCCUCGACGCAUGUAUAUCGCGCCUGUGUAUACGCCGCUUACGUGCCGAAGAAGUCACACGAUUACAAAAUGGCGCUCCAAAUGUCGCCUUCGACAAUUCGAGCGUACUGUACGAAGCGCACGACCCUCCCGACCUCCUGAAUGAAUACUACAUCUCUGGCAAGCAGAGCAGCUGUCUACCGGGCGUCCUGCAAAUGCGAUUUGGGCUAAGGAGAUGGCAUGUACAGCACCUUCCGGACAAAUGGGCCAAGGCAAAUAACUUGAUGACGUGUGGCAAGCGUGGCACGUUUAGUCGGGUGCUAAAGGAGCGGAGAAAUGAGAUGGAGCCAUCCGAGUGGAAAGAUAGCGAGGGCCACGUGCUUGCUACUGAAGUGCUGAAGAUUGUCGAUGGCGGGAAGAUGCCUACAAUUGAGCUGAGAGAGGGCUUAGAUCAGACGUGUCGGGAGUUGUUACUCGCUUUGUGGGUUACUCGGCUGUGGGCUGCACUUGGGGCGUCUCCGAGGCUUAUGUACUUGGGGUGA